GCUCCCGGGUACCUGCCCCGUCCCGGUUCCCACGCCCCGUGCCGUCCUGCGUGGGACCCGGGGCUGGCAGGGGACAGCCGGGCAGGGGCUGGGGACACGCCGCCCGUGGGCUGGCACUGCCUGGUGGCAUCGUUCCACGGGCGUCAGAGGACGAGGGCUGCGGUCCGUGCAGCGGCCCCGGCGCUGUCUGUGGCCCUGCCAGGGUCUGGUACCGCCACGGACACGACCUGGAGCUCGGCCACGGGUGCAAGGUGCCUGCGGCCAGGCCGGCGUGCCGGAGCAGGGCCAGGCCCGUGGCCGGAGCCAGCUCUGGCUCCCGCGGGCUGGGGCGAGGACGCUGGACGCUGGACGCUGGCCGGCGGCUCGGGGGGCCGGCUGGGGGUGGGCUCCGGCGCCAGCCCCUCCCCGGCCGUAUAAAUCCCGAUUCCCCCCGCAGACGGUCGUCCCAGCCCCGCUCGGCCUCCGGAGCGGAGCAGCGACGGGAAGGCGUCCGGAGCCGGCCGUCGCAGCCGUGCCGGCGGGGGGAAGGCUCCCCGCAGCCCGGGGGGGUCCCCCCAGCAGGGCCGGGGGCACGGGCGGGCACCCCGCCAUGGCCUUCACCAUGCUGCGCCCCGUGGCCGCCCGCGUGCUCUACCCGGACCUCAGCAUCCUCUCGGAGGACGAGGAGAACCGGAGCGAGAGCGACACGUCGGACCAGUCGUUCGGCUGCUGCGAGGGCGCCGAGGCUCGCCGCAAGCUGCCGCGGAAACCGGGGCCGAUGGUGAUGGUGAAGCAGAGGCAGGCGGCCAACGCGCGGGAGCGGGACCGGACCCAGAGCGUCAACACGGCCUUCACCGCCCUGCGGACCCUCAUCCCCACCGAGCCGGUGGAUCGGAAGCUGUCCAAGAUCGAGACCCUCCGCCUGGCUUCCAGCUACAUCUCCCACCUGGCCAACGUGCUGCUGCUGGGAGAGGGCUGCGAGGACGGGCAGCCCUGCUUCAGUGCCAUCUACGGGGCCAAGGGCGACCUGGACAGCAAGCAACCCCGCAGCAUCUGCACCUUCUGCCUCAGCAACCAGCGGAAAGGGGGCGGCCGGAGGGACCUUGGGGGCAACUGCCUGAAGGUGCGGGGAGUGACCCCCCUGCGAGUGUCACGGAGAUGAGCCGGGGUCCGGCAGCACCCGCCUGAGACAGCGGCAGAGUCGGCCGGAGCCCGCGCACGCCAGCCCCAGAGACUGGAGCGGGGAGGGAGGGAGCUGCCCGCCCGAGGCGGCGGCAACCGAGACCGGGGCCGCGGGCUGGGACCGCACCGACACCGGCCCCGGAGCCGGCAGCGGGGUGGGAGGACGCUCCCGUGGCCAAGGCUGCCCGCGCAGGGCAGGGCCGGGGAGGGGGGUCCCUGCGCCCCGGGGCUGGACUGGAAGGGGCCCGCGUGCGGCCGGCGUCGAGGCGCUCUGGGGGGGGGGACGGCGUCGCGGCCCCGCGGGCGCUGGUUGUGCACGUGCAGCCGCUUGGAAAAUAAACCUUAUUUUUCUGA